ACGAUACCAAUUUCGCUAACGACAUGCUUGAAUUUUUCAGUUCAAUUUGGAUGCAUAAUAUAUCGUACAUUCGGCACUUUAAAAAUAAUAAAAAAAAUAAUUUGAUAUAUACUUUAAUUAAACUAUUUAAAAGAAGCCAAAAAACUUAAGGGCACGUAUGGGCCAUGACUGAAUUCAAGUAGCCGGCAGAAUGACCCAAUCUCAUAACUGCCGGCCCAACACAUUCCCAACUAUAUAUCUUCAUUAAUUGUACUCUAUUAUUAUUACAAACUUUAAUUAUUAAGAUAUAUAUGUAAAAUAUAUAAAAAAUAAAAAUAUACUUAUGGAAUCCAAAUUUGGUACUAACUUAAGCUCUGACACCACCUGUACAACCAUGUCGUCGUGCAUCGAAUUCAACGCACAUUUUGGUGAUGAAUUCGAUGCAGAUGUCAAAAACAGUAUCGAGAUGAAUAAUCUCGAUUGUACGAGUUUCGCGUCCGAUAUAAAAAUUGAAUUUAUUACGAGUUCCGAUUCCGAGUGCAGUGAGCUCGACAAGAAUUUGAAGCACGACAACGACUUGUCGAACCUCGUGCUUGAUGACUUCAACUUUGUGCAACGGUUGGGGAGCGGCGAUAUAGGCACCGUGUACCUAGUGGAGCUUAGAGGCGGCGGCGGCGGUGGUGGUGGUGAGUUGUUUGCAGCUAAGGUGAUGGAUAAAGAGGAAUUGGCUUAUAGGAAUAAAGAGAGUAGGGCAGGGGUAGAGAGGGAAAUACUCGAAAUGUUGGAUCAUCCCUUUUUGCCCUCACUCUACGCGACGCUGGAUUGCCGUAAGUGGUCGUGUUUGUUGACGGAGUUUUGUCCAGGCGGCGACCUUCACGUCCUCCGGCAACGCCAGCCGGAGAAGAGGUUCGAUGAAGAUGCUGUCCGGUUUUAUGCAGCAGAAGUGGUGGCGGCGCUUGAAUACCUACACAUGGUGGGAAUAAUAUACCGUGAUUUAAAACCAGAAAACGUGCUUGUGAAGCACGACGGCCACAUAAUGCUUACCGAUUUCGACCUCUCUUUAAAAUGCGACUACAACUCAUUAUCGACACCAACAAUCGUCUACGAUUAUUCUCCGCCGUCGCCGGCGCCGCCGCCGGACGAUCGCAACAGUGCAGACGGCCGCGGCCGCCCACGAUUGUUCUCCCUCUCGUCCUGCAUCCUGCCGAACUGCGUCUUGCCACGCGGCGCCCCCCGCCUCCUCCGGCGGCGGCGCCGGCGGGUCAAGCACCGCCGCGGCGGAUUAAUUACAACCCCAAAGAUAGUGGCGGAGCCGGUGGAGGCUCGAUCAAUGUCGUUCGUGGGGACGCACGAGUACCUGGCGCCGGAAAUAGUCUCCGGCGAGGGGCACGGCAGCGGCGUGGACUGGUGGACGCUGGGGGUGCUGGUGUACGAGCUGCUGUACGGGACGACGCCGUUUAGGGGGGCGGAGCACGAGUUCACACUGGCUAACAUUGUGGCUCGAGGGGUCGAGUUCCCUAAGGAGCCGGCUGUGUCAGCCGGUGCUAAGGACUUGAUAAGCCGGCUUCUGAACAAGGAGCCGACCAAGAGAAUGGGGUCCACCAUGGGUGCGGCGGCGAUUAAGGACCACCCAUUCUUUCGAGGGGUAAAUUGGUCACUUUUGAGGUGCACUAAACCACCGUAUAUCCCAACGCCUUUUAAUCGUAGGGCCCUUGUUUCAUCUGAUAAUGAUGAUCAUUUUCAUGGUAAUAUAGAUUAUUUUUGAAGUUUAUUAUGAUUUUUUUUUAAUUGAGUGUAAUCAUAUUUUAUUUUUUGAGAAAAAAAUUCUAUUGGCAUUGUUAGUAUAUUUUCCUUGA